AAACACUGCUUUAAGCGGAAGUCGUGGUUGCUAUGGACGCUUAAAAGGGCGGGUGUUUUUUUUUCCGGAAGUAAACGGCUCAUCGCCCCCAAUCUCGCACUCCGGGUACUUUGGGCCUGAGGGAUGGAGGACGAGUUGGAGCUGGAUGAGGAGGUCUGCAAGGGGGUAGUAAAGAUGGGUAGACGUGCUCAUCAAGAUUUCUUCCCAGAAGAAAACCAUCUUAGCCAGACGAACUCUCCGGCUGCACAGCGUCCAUCAUCUAAACCACAUAUACGUGAAGGAGUGUGGUCUGGCUUUGUUGGUGUAAAUGUGUCUAAGUCAAAAAAGAAACCUGCAGAACAAGAAGUUGAAGAUCAUCGUCUAAGACAACAGAGCAUAGAGGCAGAUAAUGGAGAAGAUAUACCAGUGAUCCCUGACUUGGAGGAAGUACAAGAGGAGGACUUUGCCAUGCAAGUGGCAGCCCCACCUAGUGUUCAGGUGAAUAGAGUGCUGACCUACCGUGACUUGGACAAUGAUCUCAUGAAGUACGCUGCAUUCCAAACCUUGGAUGGAGAGAUUGAUCUCAAAUUGCUCAGUAAAGUCUUAGCACCAGAACAAGAAGUACGAGAGGAUGAUGUCAUCUGGGACUGGAACCAUCUCUACACAGAGGUUGCCUCUGAACUUCUAAGUGAAUGGGACUCUGGGCAAUCAGAAAAAGAAGAGAACCUUAUGAACAAGAAUGCUUGAAUUUUGAUUGAUUGCAUAAAAGCACAGUUGUAGAGACAUUCCUUUUUAGUAUGAUUUUUAUUCGAGAAAUUAUUUUUGUCUACGCAAUAUAAAAAUAGCUAUUUCAGAAAUGUAUCUAAUAGAAUUCAAAAGGAGUUUUGUAUUGAUAUUCAAAUUAAUUGAUUAUACUUUUUAUUAACUGGGAAUACUUUCAAUUCUCUUCAGUAGGUAAUGUUUUUCCAAGUACUUACAUGCCCAUUUUAAGGUGUUCUAUUUCUUAUAUGUAUACCGUAUUUUUCAAAGUAUAAGACACACCUUUUUCCCCCCUAAAAGGAGGUGAAAAUUUAGGUGCGUCUUAUACACCGAAUGUAACCCCGCCCACACACUGGUCCCCACCCUUUGGCCUCUGCCUCCCAGCAGUUUACCUCCUUGCAGCAAGCAGCAAGAAGAAACAGCUUGUUUCAGCUUCGGUACAGCCUAAUUAGCACAAGUUGAUUGGAACGGCCUCCCGACUCUCAGCUGUUUUGCUCUCAGCUGUUUUACGCGGGCCUCUGCUGCUUGCUGCAAGGAGGUAAAUUGCUGGGAGCAGAUUUUUUUUUUCUUGUGCUAAUCAAGCUAUACUGAAAACGAAAAUGAAACUAAAGCAGGCUAUUUGCUGUUUGCUGCAAUGAAGCAAAAUUGCUGGGAGGCAGAGGCAGAUUUCUUUUUCUUGUUUUCCUCACCAAAAAAGGUAGGUGCAUUUUAUAAUCCCGAGCAUUUUAUACUCCAAAAAAUACGGUAUGCCUCAUUGUAAAAUGUUAUGCUUUAUCCUCAGAGCUAUUACAGAUAGACAAGUCUGGAAUAUUAAAUUGAUUUAUUACCUUUCCUCA